AUGUCCGCCGUCUCAUCGGCAGGCGUUAACCCCUCUGGCCAGGGAGUCCGCCAGUCUGCUCGUCAAACACGUACAAACCCGUCUCGAACCUCGAAAACGAUUGGACGUUCGUCUUUCGCGUUCGGUCGAGGUUCGACAGCUGAAAUUCCUUCCACGCCCCCUGUUCCUCACGGCUUCUAUCCGGCACUUACGCAUUUCACUGAUGCUAUAACCGCGCUUCCUCGCGAGUUCCGUCGUCAUAAUUCUUUGUUGAAGGAAGUUGAUGCGAAGGCGUGGGCUUUGGAGGAAAAUUUGCUCCAGUUACUCAAGUUCUCUUUCCAGUCGGAGCCCGUCCCUCAUCCUCCCCACCCAGCGCCCAUCGUUGGGGGAGUAAUUCGGGAGGAUGCUUUACCCACUCAACUAUCCCAAUCCGCCGAAUCGUCCGAAAGCAAAAGUCGCCGACUUCUUUUUGAUCGCGUUCGUCAGAAUCUUUCAGACCUAAUGAUGACCGCCGAUGAGAAGAAUCACGUCAUUUCGAACGCAAACGAGGAAUUGGACCGCCAAGUUGUCCGACUGGAUGCGGUGUUCCCAUACAUUGCAGGCGAGAUCAGCGAAGAAGCUCGCAAGGGAAGCCUGACACACUGGGCAUACUCCAACAAAAGUACUGCGAAGGCAGCGACCAAUGAGCGACCGCGCCGGGAAGCAGUCGCGCAAAGACAGGACCUCACGCAUGUGCUUCAGGAGGCUGAAGCUGCUAGUCGCAGUGAGGCGCGGCGCGAUGCUGUUCUGGCGCGGAAGCAACGUCGAGCUCAGGUCGACGCGGACUAUGAAGAGACGCGCAGCUCGGGCGCUCGCAAGUCCAAUCAUGCCAAAUCUCGCGGCGGAGACCACGCUGAUUCGGGGGCUGCACCCAAGCGUCGAAAGGUCGAACGCCCACCAGUGGACACUAGCAUUCCGAUGGACCGAUCUGCCAGCGGUGCUGGUAGCCAGAGAGCCGCGAAUAAAGAUCCCGCCGAGAAGAAGCGAUCUCGCGCUCCCAAUGCAACUGCUGCUGCACGCAAGAAGGCGAACACUUCCAAUGCUGCCUCGCCUGUUCUGGCACCGUCACCAUUAGUUGGGACUUUCAAUGGCCCUCGGGGUGCCGCUAGCCCAGGACCCCACACGUCAAGGCCACAGUCUUCACGAGCCCAGCAGAAUGCUGGAGUCACAAGCAAUGCGCGCGUGCGGCCGUCAUCGUCAGCUUCAAACCGCGCCAAUAACAGUAUGCAGUUUCAAUCACCUUUCCCGGACCUGGCCAUUAACCAUAUUCCCCACACAGACAAAAAUGCCGAUUCCAGAUCCACACCCCGGGAUGGUCCCGUCAAAAAUGAACUGGUCCACGCAGACUCACACCGCGAUUAUGAAGGCGACGCUAGAACAUCCGCUGUAGGGGGUUCCAAGCGUGAAGAUCUGGACGGAAAAUCUGGAUCUGCCGAGGCAGAAACAACCAAGGGACGCAACUCCAAGACGUCAACCCCUGUACUCCCCGCAUUUUCGGAGCCCAGCCAACGCGCUCGGCCCACACGAAGUCAAGAUCCGAAUUCUACCAAACGAACCCAGAAGAAGCCAAUCCCACAGCCUGCAAUACCGUCUGACGACGAGUCGCUCCAUGAAGGCGAUGACGAAGACGAGGAAGGUGAACCGCGGUACUGCUACUGCAAUGAAAUCAGUUUCGGCGAGAUGGUCGCUUGCGACAAUGACGCCUGUCCGCGUGAAUGGUUCCAUCUGUCGUGUGUAGGCUUGACGAAACCACCUGGAAAGAAUGUUAAAUGGUAUUGUAACGAAUGCAAGGAAAAUAUGAGACGCAGUCGGAAUGGGCGGUGA